UUUGGAAGAGCAGUCAGUGCUCUUAACCGCUGAGCCACCUCUCCAGCCCCUCCACUUCAUUUUUUUAAGCCCGUCACUCACCGACCUUGCCUGUUUUUGCUAGGCUGGCUUCAUAGCCCCUGGGACCUGCCUGUCUUCCCCUUCCAGGGCUGUGGUUGUGCCUGUCUGUUGCAUGGGUGCUGGGAGUCUGAACAACAAGCACCUUACCCACCAAGCCAGCUCCCUGGCUUCUGCAAGCUAGUUGAUAAACGCCUGAGGAAGAAAGGCAGUCUCACCGUGUUCUUCCUACAAGUAUGGAAUCCGACAGUUUGAAGAGGAGCAAUUGGAGGUUCUUGGUUACUGCGGUCGUAGGUGGUGCACUGGUGACCGUGUAUGCUGUGGCUAUGCCAUUCAUCGCUCCAGCCCUCCGGAAAGUUUGUUUGCCAUUUGUGCCUGCAACUUCAAGGCAGGUUGAAAAUGUUGUCAAGAUGUUGCGACACAGAAAAGGACCCUUGGUGGACCUUGGCAGUGGCGAUGGACGGAUUGUGAUUGCAGCUGCAAAGGAAGGCUUCCCAGCUGUGGGGUAUGAACUGAAUCCGUGGCUGGUGUGGUACUCCAGAUACCGUGCCUGGAGGGAAGGCGUGCAUGGCUCUGCCAAGUUUUAUAUUUCAGAUCUAUGGAAGGUCACCUUUGCACAGUACUCCAAUGUCGUUGUUUUUGGUGUGCCCCAGAUGAUGCCACAGUUGGAGAAGAAGCUUGAGCUUGAACUUGAGGAUGGGGCUAGAGUCAUUGCCUGUCGGUUCCCAUUCCCAUGCUGGACUCCAGACCACACCACUGGAGAGGGCAUCGACACCGUGUGGGCGUAUGACAUGGGUUCUUGUAGGAGACGGGAAAGACAGGCCUGAUGGUGAACAGAUCGGCGAGCAGAACCUCGAGGACACAGUCGGGCUGCGGACCUCCUCAUCUGAGACACAGAGCUAGCUCCUUGACAAAGAGUGACAAGUCACUGCUGUUCUCCUUCCCUUCUUGAGAAAAUGAACAGAACUCAGAGAAACAUUUAAGUUUAAACUCUGCUGCUUUUUAAAGGGCAGUUUCACAAAGCCUGGGUUGGCCUUGAAUUUACUGAGGAUGAACGAUGACCUUGAACUUCUGAUCCUUCCACUUCUGCCUCCCCAGUACAUUGUGCUCUUAGUGGAACAUUCUGGAUAGGCUUCCUACCUUUGCAUACACUAGGGUGCAUGAAGAUAUAAGUAAGUGACAGUCUGUGGGUCAGAGGGUGUCACCUCAGCAGUGUGGUUUAAUGGCUCCGGUGAAGAGGAUGCAUACAUCUGCAGUUUCCUCUAGUUUUGUUCAUGACUGAGAUUUAUCUCCUUUCUGUAGUUUGUAGCUGAAUUCAUUUUCUAAAAGAUUCAGAGCGACAUUUAGAUUUUAUAAUACUUACAAGGAAUGUUUUACCCUAAGGCUGGUGGCUCACUCUACUUCACCGAUUGAGUGUGUACAUGUACACCUGUGUAAAUGGACUGUGUAACACGCACAUGUUUUAACAUUGGGAAGUUGUGAUAAAUUGCACAUGGCUUUAAUUGGCAGUGUUGUAUGUUUACUGUUAUUGUGUUACUACAAUCUAAGUGGUAAUAUAUUAAAUUUGAUGAGAUUUUUCAGAAACAUCCUUGGCUCAGGGAGAAGAGAGAAGGUUUAACAGCGAGUGACUGUGAGCUCUGGCUGGGAUCUGUGCAGCAGUUAGUAAGGGUGAAUAGUGAGUGAGCUUUGCGAUCUGAGCUGAGUUCCUGUUCCCAGCAGGAGGCCUUGAACAGUGACUUCCUUACUGUCUCUUGAUCCUUGGUGUCUGCCACCAGGACAUGGGUCUGGGGACCAGUUUUUAAACCUAACCACACAGUCUUUGGUCUGCCCACAGUGUUUAGACAUUGUGGGAAAGGUUAUGCAGGGAAGUCACAAAUUAUUUCUGCUAGUUACUUCUCUUAUUUUAUGAGAAAAGCCAUUUAUUUAACAUUUCUCACUUACAAGAAAAGAUUGAUUUAGAUAGAAGAUAAGUUAAGGAAAACCUUUGAGUGUGAGUAGACAGGCUUCAUAGAUCUGAAAAAUGAAUAUUGAAUGGUAGCAGCUCUGCUCAUCUGGUCUUGUCAGAGAAAAGAUGGAGCUCGGCUCCUAUAUCUGGGACCUAAGUCCCACAGGUCCUAACUUUAAUGUUAAAAGAUGGCUGAAUAUUUAGCUAAACUGAUGAAAAGAGGAACAUUUGAUAUUUUCCUUGUAAGGACCAACCGGGGACACAUAUAUUUCAUUAGUCAUUCAUGACACGGGAUGUCUGUUGAAGCUCUGCUGGUUCAUGAUGAGAAGACAUCAUGGCCCCUGGUACUUCUGUAGUAUGUAGAAACAGCUAGCAAUUUUUAGUGCAUGCAAGGCUCUCUGAAGAAAUAGAAGCUUUAUGUGUUUGUGAGGAGCACAUGGAAGGUGUGGGCAUUGAAUCACGUGUUGACUGCUACCCCCCUUUGCUGUCCUGGCCUUGGGUUUUCCUGUGAAGUCAGUUCUGUGUGGAUGGGUGUCUCGGUGGGAGCACAGACCUUGCUGUUGAACCCUUGCUCUCAUCUCCUGCUCUAGCUACUGCUGUGAUAUUCCAGACACACCGAGAGGGGCCAGCCCUGCUCCUUGCCACAUAUAUGUGGUGAGGAGAUGUAGGGUCUUUGGGACCAUGGAGGUAUUUAACAGAUUUUUAUAUAAGUUUCUGAUGGGUUUGUAAAGGCAUCAAACUGCAGUUGUUUAUAACUUACCUUUUCCCCCCCUUUCUAUGGUGAGAAUCAGUAGAUGUUUGAUAGUGACCUCAGAGAUCCAUAGAAGUGUACUGACCAGCUUCUUCCAGGUCGUGAACUAUUCUUUAAGGUGGUGCUUUGUUAAAUAAACAGUGCGAUAAGGAACCUCUGUACCGGGAGGUAUAG